AGGGGGUGUGCUGGGCGUCAGGCGCUGCGGCCGGCGGGCCCCGGCGCUGCUGAGCGAGAGAAAUGUGAGGCGGCUGCACCACUGCGGCGGCACUGCGGGCGGCGGCGGGAGCGCGCAGCAGCGCCCGCGCCGCCGGGCCCCGGGAACGGCGGGCACGGAGCCGCCGCUGCCUGCCCGCUGCUGCCCGCCGCUGUCUGCACCUGCCGAGGGGCACAGGGGGGCCUGGCAUCAGCCCCCCGCAGCCUGCGCCGCCGGCCGAGGGUGUUGCAUCAGCCCCGCGCCGAGCCGGGGUCCGCGGCCGGGGACGGCGGGGGGAGCCGGGGGAGGGCACGGAGGAGCCCCCCGGAGCGGCAGCGGCCGUACCUGCCGGCUCCCCCGGCCGCCGGUCCCCGCCGAGCAUCCGGAGCAGCUCGGCGCCGCCAGCCCCGGCCCCCGUGCCCGGUGCCCUCCCCGCGCCGCCGCGGCCGCGGCCGGAGCAGGCGGCGGGGCCGGGGGCGGCCGGCCAGGACCAUCCCCGUGGAGCCGCGCCUCGGAGCCGCCAGCAUCCCCGGGGAGCCGCGCCUGGCCGGGGCAGCGCCGCAUCCCUCUCUGCCUUUCAGAUAACCUCCGCCGCUCGGGCCUGCGGAGCCGCGCCGGGCACGGAGCGGGGGCUGCACCGGGACCCCUGCCCGGGGCCAGCGCAGAAAGCACGAAGCUGAGCUGGGAACAGGGGGACCAGGGACCGAGGGGACAAGGUGUGUGCUGUCCUGGCCGCAGCCAAGGUGAGCUGCCCUCUGGCACGGGAUGUACUCUGAGCCCCUGCCCUGUGGGAGCUGCCGGUGACUGCAAGUGGGAGAGCCGGGAAGUCAGAGCAAAGGAAUUUGCAAACACAUUCUUCAGCGCCACGAGGAUCCCACUGCAUGUAAACAGGAACAGAGGCCGGCCUGGGGCGAAGUGAGAGCUGCCUCCAGUUCUGCAAGAUCCUCCCUGGACUCACCUGCCCUGGGCAGUGCCCGGUGCCACCAUCCCCAAAUUGCUAUUCCCGGCUGCAGCUGAUCCGCUGUGGGAAGUGGCAGCGAAGGAGAAGAGCAGGGCUGCUGAGCGACUGCCAAUGUCACGUUAACAUCCCGGCGAGGCUGCGGGGAGCCGGCGCUUUGAUCACCCGCCCAAGAGCAUCUCGAAGUAGGCAGGAUGCCACUGUGAGCCCUGCCUUCCCCUGCCUGCCCCAGCCUCGCGCCUGCCACUCUCGGGGCUGGCUGCAGAAGAGGGGCGCGGGGUCCUCUGGCGCUGGCCCGUCUCCCCAGGAUGCUCUCCCGCACCAGCUGCUGCUCCCUGUGCUCCUGCUCCGCGGCCAGAGCGAGAUUGAAAGCUCAGCGGGCUGCCAGCAUGUUUUAGCCUCAUGCAGGCGUCCCUCGGAGACCCCAGAGCAGUGGACAGUAAUGUGAAAACGAUACUCAUGUCGUGUCUGAAAGGGCAACAGGUCAUCAUUAAAAUGGAGGCGAUGAAAAUCAUCCACCCGGAGAAGUUCUCGGAGCUGCAGGCGUCGCAGCCGCGCUACGCGCCCGCCCCGCGCCGCGAGCCGCCGCUCGUGGCCAAGCGCGCGUGGCCCUCCGAGUCCGAGAUCAUCGUCAACCAGGCGUGCGGGGACAUCCCCGCCUUGGAUGGCACCCCCGGGCCGCUGCCGCUGCCCCGGACUCCCCCGCUGCCGCGGCGCGAGCGCGGCUUCCAGGGCCAGCGCAAGGGCAGCUCGGAGGUCUGCUACCACCGGCAGCCGCCGUCGGACGAGGUGAUCGUCAACCAGUACGUGCUGCACCCCUCGACGCCCUGCGAGCCCCUGGAGUGCCCCACCUGCGGCCACAUGUACAACUUCACCAACAAGCGGCCCCGCAUCCUCUCCUGCCUGCACUCGGUGUGCGAGGAGUGCCUGCAGAUCCUCUACGAGUCCUGCCCCAAGUACAAGUUCAUCUCCUGCCCCACCUGCAAACGGGAGACCGUCCUCUUCACCGACUACGGGCUGGCGGCGCUGGCCGUCAACACCAGUAUCCUGAACAGACUGCCGGCCGAGGCCCUGGCCGCCAACCCCGUGCAGUGGAGCAGCGACACCGACCGCAGCUGCUACCAGACCUUCCGCCAGUACUGCGGGGCCGCCUGCACCUGCCACAUCCGGAACCCGCUGUCCUCCUGCACCAUCAUGUGAGCCCCGCGCGGUCCCGCCCGCGCUCCGCAGCGGGGCACGGCGGGCGGGACAGCGCGGCCCCCGAGCCCCCUGCCCGCUCCCCGCCGGGGGCACCGCCGGGAAUGCUCCGAUACCCACCACGGCCAAGGAUGUGGGACUGGGAUCCUUGACGGCACUCGCGGGGGGCACGGGGGGGGCUGGGGCCCGGCAGCAGCCCCCUCCUCACCGGCGGUGCCCGGGGAGAGGGACGCUGGCACGGGGAGCACAUCUACCAGCGCAUCCAGGGUCUGCGGCUCCCCUGGUCCUGCGGCGGGCACUCCUGUGGUGCCUCGAGCAUCUCACCGUGCUCCUUCCCGGGCGCCUCUCCCUCCUCUCCCCCCGGCUCUCCCGAGAGCGGACGCUGGGUUCUGGCCAGAGCGACGCCGUCCCCACCGCCCCACGGCCGGCAGCAGCAGCACAAGGAGCCCUGGAGAUGCAUGGUGCCACACCGGGCCACCCUCCCAGCACAGGAAGCGAGGACAGGUCCCCACCUGCCCCCUCCACCCCCUCUCUGUAAGUUAUUUGCCAAAGCUUUCAUCUCAGUGGCCACGCCGCCAUGCGCCCGAGUCUCAGUAGCCACACCAAGCUGCCACGCCGGCCCCUCGGAUGCCAGCAGACAUGCGGCCCAUGUCCUCCGCAGGCCCUUGAGGAAAGCUCCACUUUGUCCUCGUUUUGGAGGAUUCUUGUUUUUCCCCAUCCAUCCCCGGCCACCCCAUCCCAGGCCACUACAUGUUCACAAAGGCAUUGAGCUGUGCCCAUUCUCUGCCCCUCCGCCCGGGACCCACACUGAUGCCCCAUGGGAUGGCUCAGGAGAGUGGCACGGGGUCCAGUACCCCAAAUUGCUGACUCCAGCAAGGAGAUUUGACUGGGUAGGGGGACUGAGGUCUAGCUCCUGCCCACAGUCCCUUCCCCAGAGCAGCACCUCUGCUCUGACUCCUGUGUGGAGGGGCUGGCAGGGCAGCAGCCCCCUGUGCACAGUCUUGCUUUCUCCAGAGCACCUGGAGGGGUAAAUUUGCUGCCAAAAAAAGCAAAAAAACAAAAACAAAAUAAAGAAAAAGCCAUAAUUUUGUGUGCUCCCAUGGGGCUGAGCACCACAACCCAGCAUGGCCAGGGCACCAGGGGCACAAGCUGCCCAGUCCCACGGUGCUGGGUGAGCCUGAGCGGUCCCAGAACGUACAUCCUGGAGGAAACAGCAGCCCCUGGCACGGGCCAAAGCCCAGCACCCAUGCAGGGAGAGGGGCCAGUCGCUGCCCUGGCCUGUCCCGAGGGAGCGGGCGCAGCCCCAGGACCGUUCUCGCUCCGGUGCGGAACGGCGCCGGUUCCGUGUCUGUGUUGCUCUGCCAAUGCCUCCCGCUGCUGGUUGUGACCAUGGUCAUGUUUUAUACCCGGCCUUGUUCUGACCCCAUCAGUCUCCCCAAUAAAGAUUAUAUUGGAACGAA